GAACUUCUACUGAUUCUUUCUGACAUUGUGAAGAAACAUCUUGAAGAAUGAGAAGUCUGAUGUCUGUGCUGUUCCUGGUGUUCUUCUGCUCUGUGCAGAUGACUUCAAGCGCUGUCAUUUCAAUUGAUGCAGCACAAUCAAAGUGCUGUGGAGAGUUCACUGAUGUGAAGAUUCCUCUGAAACAAGUGGCUUCUUACUACUGGACCAGCAGCAGCUGUGCCAGACGCGCUAUUGUGUUUAAGACAAAAGCAGGGAAAGAGUUCUGUGCUGAUCCAGAGACCCCCUGGGUGACCGGCCAUGUUGCUAAAGUGGACAAAAGAACAACAGUCUAAAAGAAGCUACACUGUUUCUAUUUGAACUGUGCAUUUCAUAUUGUAUAUUCAGUCCUUGUGUUAUUUCCAAUGUGCGUAUAAAAUCAUUUAUUUACAGGAUAAUUUAUGUGAUUGGUUCAGUUGUUUUAAUAAAAUAUCAGUGAUAGAAUUAUCAUAAU